AUUUAUAGAACACAUUAUUUAAAUAAUUUACUCAAACCAUUCAUAACAUAAUGUCAUAAUCUAAAGAAAGAUGCAGGAAUUAAUGAAAAGUGUAUUUGAUUAGUGAAUGGGAAGUGGAUAGAGGGGUAAUCGGAAGGGACGGCUGACAGCUGUGUGAUUCACCUGAUUGGUGAUUGCUCCUUCUUCAUCGUCUUCAUCUUCAUCUCCAUUUUCUUAGGGUUUGUUUCUCUCUUAUCCAAUUGGGGUUCUGGAAUCUGCAUGAACAGAUCGGCGACGUUUGUAACCGCUGGCCAUCGGAGGAGGAGGAGGAGGAGGUUAAAGUAAUCUGUCGAAGCAGUUAGAAUAACAUGUCUGCCAUCGUGUGCGGCAAGAGAUCCGCCAUAUUCGAAGACCUUCCUUCUGCUUCUGCCUCUUCUUCUUCCUCCUCCCCUCCCGUCUCCAAGAGGAUCCGCUUCUCCUCCUCUUCCCCCGUUCGCAGGCACUCCUUCCUCCUCGAUCAUCUCGUCGCUUUCUUCCCUGACAUGGACAAGCAGCUACUGGAGAAGGCACUCGAAGAAUGCGGGAAUGAUCUCGAUUCUGCCAUCAGGAGCUUGAACGACCUUCGCCUCGGAGGAUUUCACGAUAACUCCAUUGAUUCUGCUCCUGCCGUUGGCUCCCAUGUACCGAUAGAUCCAACUGCUCACCUUCUUCCCCAAGGUGAACCGAAAUGUGAGGCAGAAGUUGCAGCUUGUGAGGAACCAGUCCCCGGACAAGAUUAUCCUUUAAAUGGUGCCGAAUGGGUGGAGCUUUUUGUUAAAGAAAUGAUGAAUGCCUCAAACAUGGAUGAUGCCAAAGCUCGAGCUUCAAGAGUGCUAGAGGCUUUGGAGAAAUCCAUUUUCACUCGAGUAAAUGCAGAAACAGGGCAGAGCUUUCACCAGGAAAAGUUGGUGCUAAAGGAACAAAUGGAGGCCCUUAUUCAAGAAAAUAUAGUUCUAAAGCGAGCAAUCUGUAUUCAGCAUGAACGCCAGAAAGAGUACGAAGACAGGAAUCAAGAGUUGCAGCAGUUGAAACAAUUAGUAUCCCAAUACCAGGAACAGCUAAGAACUCUAGAGGUGAACAAUUAUGCAUUGACAAUGCAUUUAAAGCAAGCAGAACAAAGCAGUUCCAUACCUGGGCGUUUCCAUCCGGACGUGUUCUAGUCAUCUCACAACAACCUGUUCUAUCGCUGCUGCUUUUGUAGUUUAAAUAAAUCAGGAAGAAGGAAUGAGAAGGCAAAUGCAUGGUUGUUACACUCCACCUUUAUCAAUGGUGGAUAGUGAGAUUUAUAACUACUUGAUGAUGCUUUGAUACAGCCGAAAUAUUAGGCCGUACCCAU